AACGAACUUCCUGUUUAAAUGGAAUCGUCUACAUCAUUCCUCAUUGCGUACACGCUAAUGGAAUAAUUUGACUACCCAAGAACUAUCUGUUUCUUUUAAUUUUACAAACAAUAAAUUAGAGGAUUUUUGAGUUUCUAUUAAAGAAAAAAUGAAAGAUAUAGAUUCAAAACUGAAGCUGUUUCUUGGCAUGAUAUUGUUGUGCUCUUUUGUUGUUAUACCUUUCGUGUAUAGCAGUUACAAAAUGAAGCCAUACGUUGAACCUGCUGUUCGGGAAUGGUCAAGACGUCUACCUAUGUACCUUGAUUUGGAUAAUAUAACAGAAAAGGGAACUAAAGAAAAGAUUAUAGCACUGGCCAAAGUCAUUUACAACGCGAAGAAACACGUGCGUGGGUCUAAGACUUCAGAUUAUUUGAAUAAAGCUAUUUCUAUCAUGAACAAUAUACUUGAAGAUAUCAAAGUGGAUUCUAAAAAUGUGUAUGAAAGACAAAGUGUUAAAUCUGAACAUAUAUGUGGGGAAAGUUAUUUAGGCGGAAAUCACGGGUAUCCGAUGUAUUAUGAAGGGUUUGUCACUGAUAAAUGUUCUUAUGGUGUACCGAUUUCAGAACUGGUAACUGUGAUUAAAUAUAUAGCAAAACCAAGUGGUGAUGGAAGCUUAUUAGCAGAUCUGAUUGAUAAAUUCAUUAUCUCAGUCAAAAGCGUUAUGAAACACUUUAAAAUUUUAAUAGCACUCAACACCGAAAGUUAUCCGAAUAAUACUGUUAAUAAAUAUCGAGGGGUAAAAAUUAUUACAUCAAAAUAUAAGUCUGAGGGGGCUGCACUAAACAGUUUGAUAAAAGAUGUUAAAACUCCGUAUGUCUUAUUUGCAAGAAAAAUGAAUACAUUCACAAACGAUUCAAGGUUAGAAAGACUAGUUAGAGAAAUAGAAAGUAUAAAUGUGACAGCUGUGGGUGGUGCGUUCCGUGAAUCAAAUGGUCAUUGGAGGAAAGGAUGUUUCCAGUCGGUGUAUAGAAAUUACACUUUGAAGUAUAUGGAGGGAUAUGAUGAGUCAUAUCAUGAAUGUUUGUUUUGUGAUUAUAUACAAGGUCCGUUUAUAACAACUACGACAUAUUUAACGGAAAACAUAUUCAAAAGUCUUGAAGAAAAUAGUGGAUUAUACGAAGAUUGGUUUCUCAGAAUUGCUCAGUCAGGCCGGGAAACAAUUGUUUGUCCAGACUCUAUGUUCCAUAUAGAAAGCCAAAGCACUAAGUUGAGUUCAAACUGGGUAUCCUUUUCUAAACAUUGGAAUGUUUUCAAGGUCAUUACACCAAAUGGUGAGACAAUAACUAGAAGUUGUGAAAAAGUUGAGAUAAAUAGUAAACCGACGAAAGCUCUGUCACCUUGUGCGAUAAAAUUAUACAGUGAUGGUAUUAAACUAAUUAUGCAAAAAUGUGAGGAAACUGGCACAAUAUGUGAAUUACAGGAAGGUACCGGGUUAGGGGCUGUCAAGUUAGGGAAAAUUCUCCCCUGGGACAUAGACUACGAUUUGCGAUUUUCCCUUAAAAAUUGUUCGGCCUGUGAGCAUCUUGAAACGGCAUUUAAAAACGUUCCAAUUAAAAUCGAUCAUUUCUCACCUAAAUGUUGUAACAAUAUACAUGAUGCUGUUAAUUUCCCAAUUUAUUACAAAGGUAAAUAUGGUGAUUUUACUGGUCAUCCUGUAAUGGACAGCAAAAUGCUUUUUUCAAGCGGUAUAGCUCCUACAAAACUUUCAUUUGACGGACAAUGGGCAAAUGCCCCAAGAAACCCUGGAAUGGCUUUGAGGAAUAGAUAUGGUAGAGAGUUGUACAGACAUGCUGAUCAUUGGAGGCAUACAGGACAUAAAUUCCAUCGACCGAACUAUACAACUAAUGUGUUUAUACCAUGCAAAAAUCCAGGUGCACAUAAUUGCUUAGAUAGAUACAACGGUGAUGGCGAUAUACAAUUUACAGUGUUGCUUCCAUAAGAAGAUAAAAAAAUAUUUAUAUUUUGCAUUGAUCAACAAAACAACAGUUUAUACAUCUAUAUAUAUGUGUAUAUAAAAGAUUUUUCCUUGCUUCUCGGUGAGUAGUGUGUAUGAAGUAGUUAACCAGACAAGCGGAGAGUCAGAUUUUUAUCAAAAUAUUUUGUAAUUUGCAGUAAAAACAAAUCAAAUAUAAUGUACAAUCUAAAUAUAGAAGAAGAAUAAAUUGAACAAGUUGCAUGAUGAACAGGUCAGAUAAAAAUCUAGCACUCCGCUUAUCUGGUACGCUACACCAUAUGUACAACAUAGAGAAUCAAGGGGAAAAAACACUCUCAUUCUCACUUUAACACGACAUUUCAUAAAUUAAUGCUAGAACUGAAAAAUGAACUUUCUUGUAUAUUUGAAUUCUAUUUCAUUUCAUAAUUAAUUGUAUCUCGACAUCUUAAAUGUAAAAUAUUUCCAGUACAGAUGAUACUGAUGUCCUAGCCUAGAGUUUUCCCUAUGGCAGCUUUUCUAGAUAGAAUCAGAAAAUAAAUUUCGUCAUCUAAUCGAGACGAUGGUCCUUAAAUUUGUGCAGUUGGUGUGGCGAUUUUAUUAAAUUUCUAAGAAUAAACUUUCUUUCAUCUUACUAUAUGAACAUCUUGGAAGGGGGUCAAUUAUUUAAGUUACGCAAACUAUAUCUAUUUAAAUCAAGUCGUGGAAAUGCAUUUCAUACCGAAUAUGCUUACAUUUUAUUUUCAAAAUUUAAUAACCUUACAAAAUCCCCAGAUAUAUACAAUGGAAAAACUAGAAAAUGUAUUCUUAUUGACGAAUACUUGAUAUUGUCUACUUAUAUAUUAUUCAACUGUCAAAUGUGAUAUAUAUAUUGACAACUUUUUAUGACUCGUAAAUGAUUUUUCAAGUGUCCCUAAGUGACCCAAUCAAUGCUAUGGAUUGACAGAAAGAAAUACGUGUUAAUACUUUGAAUAAUAUAUUUAGUAUGAUUUAAGAUUAACUUAUACUUAUCUAUUAAUAUGGAGCAGAUAUUCUUUUUGCAAGAUUGGGCCUUAUUAACAAUGAUUAAACAAUUAAUAUAAUAAUAAAGUAAAUAUUUUAUUUGCAGAUGCAUAAAUUAUCAUAUCCCAUUGAAAUAAAAUAUCUGUGAAAAUGUUAUUAAGAUUUUAGAAAUUAUUCAUUUAAAGAAAAAUACUGGAUAGUUCUCACAAUAUCUGCUACAAAGAACCUACUACCAUACAAUUAAUACAAUAUACUCCAAAAUGAUUGCGUUUACACCAAUAGUGUGGAAUUAAAUGUCCUAGUCACAGGCAGGAGUAUCGGACCUGGGAUGAAAAUAUAUAACCAGAUUGAUAAUUAAACCUGUGUUAAUCUUAAAAGUG